CUUAUAUAAACUGAUGGACGGGCUUUGCAAAAAGUAGUUCACUUGUAUCCUCUAUAGAGUGAAACUGAAUACAAAAUGAAGUGCGUUUUUGUGUUAUUAGUGCUUGUUUGUGCCACUUUUGGUAAAGAACAGGUAGUUUAUAAAGCCACGGGUGCUGAUCUCUUCGAUCUGAUACGAGGUAUACCGCCCAAGGGAGGUUCUUUGGAUCUGACGAAGGUCGAGGAUGCGGACCCUGCAAGCCUACCUGAUGGAAUUUAUUUUGUUCCUGAAGAUGUGUCUUUAGACGACACAGAGCCGACGAAAUUGUAUGUCACGAAAAGCAACAACAAGGCCGUUGGACCAGAGAAAAAACCUGAUUUCCCAGUCGAAGCCUGAUGAAUCAACAUUUAAUAAACGAUACUGACAUAAAUAUAUGCCUCUAAUAUUCAAAAAUAAACUGUUAUGACCACAUUGUAAA